UGAAUUCCACUGGCGGAUCUGGAGCGGUGUGCCGAAUCCACGACGGAGCAAGAAAAUCCGCCGCGGAGCGAUCCGAUCCCGAUCGACCAGUGAAAAAUAAACACGCUCCGGCAGGGAUUGCAGCGGAAGUUGUCGCACGCAUCCGGUUACCCACGUUGCCAAUCUCGCAUUAGACCACGUUGGGGGUUCUAGGCACAGCGGCAACUGCACUUCGCGUCUUGCCAUUGCAACGUGCAGCAGCGCGAUGGAUGUUCUUACGGUCAGUCCUGCUGUUCAGCGCCUUUUGCUGGAUUUGGUGGCCAAGGACACAGAACGCUCAACGCAGGAUUCAGCCGAGAAUCCUGCGCAUUCUUCCGAGGCUGGUGAUGCUGUGUGCCCUGGUCCUUCGCAAGACGCAGAUGGACCCAGUGUGACCAAGAAACGACGACAUGCAACAUGUGACUGGACACCAGGGGAAACAAAACUCCUCCUUGAUCGCUACUACAACUACUUCCCACAAGUAGGCCCAAUGAAAAAAUUUAAAAACAAAAAGUGCAUGUUUGCAAAAAUUGCACAGGAUAUUAAAGAUGUGACUGGCUCAAUCUGGACAGGUGAUCAAUGCUGCACACGGUAUAAAACUGUGUGCAAAAGAAAGAAAAGUGCAUGUGUCCAGAACAGCCAGUCUGGAAACUCUCCCCAACUGCUGGAGUAUGAAGAUGAGCUCGAAAAAAUCAGACACCUGGAUGACUGCUUAGAGCCGGAAGUUGUCCGUGAUUCCGCUGGUGUGAUUAUGCAGAACACAGCAUGA